CGGCGAGGCGGCUUCGCAGGCAGUGACGCUUGCGGCCAAGCCUGACGGCUUGAGUUCGACCCUGAGCAUGGAUUUUUCUGUGUAACAGUCCUGGCUGUCCUGGAACUCGCUCUGAAGUGCUGGGACUAAAGGCUGUCCUUGGAUGCUCCUCACCCCGUGGAGACUCAGUGCCAGGUCACAACUCAACCAUUGUGAACUUCAAGAACUAGGAAGAGCCAAGCCAGACCGCCAUACGGCCACAUCAUUACAGGGCAGCCUGUGGCCUCUGCAGGCCCCAUAGGAGGGUCCACCCCACCACUGCGUGCAUUGACCAGGCCACUUCCCAGUUGCACCCUUGCGAGUGAGGACCCGUAGACAGCUCCCAAGAUGGGUGAAAGGAAAGGCCAAAACAAGUACUACCCCCCGGACUUCAACCCAGAGAAGCAUGGCUCUCUCAACCGAUACCACAACAGCCACCCCCUUCGAGAACGGGCUCGGAAGCUGUCACAAGGCAUCCUUGUCAUCCGAUUUGAAAUGCCGUACAACAUCUGGUGUGAUGGCUGCAAGAACCACAUCGGCAUGGGUGUGCGCUACAAUGCAGAAAAGAAGAAGGUUGGCAAUUACUACACAACUCCAAUCUACAGGUUCCGAAUGAAAUGCCACCUCUGCGUCAACUACAUCGAGAUGCAAACAGACCCUGCCAACUGUGACUAUGUCAUCGUGAGUGGUGCCAGCCGCAAGGAGGAGCGCUGGGAUAUGGAAGACAAUGAGCAGGUGCUGACCACAGAGCAUGAGAAGAAAGAGAAACUGGAGACGGACGCCAUGUUUCGCCUGGAGCAUGGCGAGGCCGACCGCAGCACGCUGAAGAAGGCCCUGCCUACACUCAGCCACAUCCAGGAGGCACAGAACGCCUGGAAGGAUGACUUUGCUCUGAAUAGCAUGCUGCGCAGGCGCUUCCGGGAAAAAAAGAAAGCCAUGCAGGAGGAGGAAGAAAAGGACCAGGCGCUACAGGCGAGGGCCAACUUAGCCAUCCCUCUCGUGCCGGAAUCAGAGGACGACCGCAGACUGGCUGCCCUGCUCAGGCUGCACACCCUGGACUCCUAUGAGGACAAACAGAAACUGAAGCGCACGGAGAUCAUCCACCGCUCUUGGUUCCCCUCGGCCCAGGGACCCAGUGCUAGCAGCAGCAAAGCUAACACUGUCCUGAAGAAGUUGUGCCAGGGCCGCAGACCACCCCCCAGCACCACGGGCACAGUGGGGGACCUGGGCAUAGUGAGGAGAAGGUCUCAAGAAGUUCCAGAAAGUCCCCAGUGUGCAGCAGACAGUCCCUUGUCAGCAGAACCAAGAGGGCCACCAGGAGCCACCCAGGACAGACCUCAAGAGACAGCAGAAUCCACGAGGAACUGUAGAGACCAGGCCUUACCCCUGGGUUCCUCCCAGGAGGACCUGCUAUGCCCCAGCAACCCCAGUGCCUCCCUGGUGGCUGACUACUCGGACUCAGAGAGCGAGUAAGGGAGUCAGAAUUCCAGGGACCAGAAACCAUUACUUGUCCAGACCUUACGGACUGCAGGCCUCACUGCUGCCGGCCCAGCCACAGACUUCUCUCCCUAUAGAGAUCAUUAUUUAUUUAGUUUCGCUGAGGAUGUCUGUGCCUUGGUAGAACCCCUGACACCGUAACAUUAAAGCCCUGUUCUUUGUCCCUGC